GUUUCUCCCUGGCACUGGGAGGCCAGGCCCUCGGCCCUGGCCUGAACUCUGGGCUGGUGAAGCUGUCCCACAAUGCGGCCACAGCAUUUUGAGCAACUGCAGUUCCUUUUAUGUUUUCAUUUGUCGUGGAUCUGUGUGUGUUGGGAGGCAGGAAGCUCUGUCCACGUGUUGCCCUGCCUGUGGAUCCUUGUCUCUGUGGGCCAGCAUCUGCGCUUCAGCCCAUGCCUAGGGCACGUGUGUCCCUAGAGAAUUAAUUUCUUUGUCUGGUGGCAGGCACCCAGCAGGCAUCACUGCUCCCUCUGUGUUGGUCCCUCUGCCUGCUCAGAGCCUCAGCCUCAGGGAAGGUUCUUGGGGCCCACAGCCUGCUCAUCUUACAAGUGUGGAGCCAGAGGCCCAAAGCCCCAGGCCGCAGCUGCUCUGUACCCAGUGCCAUGCCUCUUUGCCUAUAAUUUCAUGUUGCUUCAAGUCUCUGAUUUAUUUUUUGUUUUCUUAUGUUUAUAGAGAUAACAACAUUGUUACUAGUGAUUCUAGGCAGACCCUUGAGUGUGCCCAGGUGUCUAAACUGUACUUCUUAAUGCCACAGGGUUCACCUUCAGUCUUCAUGCUCUUCUUGCUUUUGCCAUGGGCAAGUUACAUGACCUCCCGGGGCCUCAGUUUCCCUCUCUGUUAUUUGGGUAGAAAUGUUUUUCCUGAGCAGUAAGGAUCGAAGGCUAGUGGGGCUGUUGAGUAUGAAUGUGUUUUAGGAGCAUUGCUGUGUUUGCUGCUCUGUUUUUUUCUGUUUCCGAGGUGCGUUUUUUCUUGAGUUUUAGUGGUUUUGGAAUUGAGAUUUAUUUACAGGAAGUUCACAUUUAAAGUCUCGGACGGCAUAUGAGGUAAAGUAGUAAGGAUGAGGAUAAAGUCCACUUUAACACUCUAUUCUUAUUGCCUCUUCCUGCCUUUCUUCAUAGACAUGGGGUAGUGGAGGAGUUGGGGGUGUCUUUGAACUAAGGAAUAAGGAAACGCACUGUGAUGUGCUGGUGGUUUGGUCUGCACCUCCUUCCCAGGGCAAGAGGUCUGUUGAGUGGAGGUUUCUGUGGUUUUACGGGCAAGACUGUGCCCUGUUCCUAUUCGUCACCCCUGAGGCCAGUGAGGGGGCUGAGGGAGCCAACUGGGGGCUGGACCCCAGUCACUGGCUUUGAGGGAGUGUGGGCAGGAUGGGGUGGUUUGGGAUACCAGCUUGCGAGGGGUAGUGGGCAGGGCACACUCCUCCCCUAGCUCCUGAGGCAGGGCCAGGCACCUUCUCUUUAGCCCACAUUCAGAAAGGGGCACCUCCCUAGAGGAGGGCAUCUUGCGUUCUUCACCUGGUUGGGAAGGGACCGUCGGGUGUCCUGGCUUCCUGGGGAUAGCAGAUCUUGCCUGGCACCUGACCCUGGGGCCUGAUGGUGGGGCUGUGGGUGCCAGCUGGUUGAGGAGGUCUUUCCUGAGGGGUCGCCAGUUUUCUUCAUUCAGGAAAACAUUAUUGGGUCUCUUGAUUCCCCAGCCUCUAGCCCUGCCCCUCUCAGGGACGACCCUGGGGUCAGGCCCCUCAGCCCUCGAGGGGGACCAGGAGCCAGCCUCCUCUGUCUUCUCUGGCUCCCCAGCUCCUCCUGAGCAUCCUCAGAGCGAGACAAGGAAAACCGGCACCGGAAGCGUAGCCACAGCCGCUCUCGAAGCCGGGACCGCAAGCGCCGGAGCCGGAGCCGGGACCGGCGCAACCGGGACCAGCGGAGCGCCUCCCGGGACAGGCGGCGACGAAGCAAACCUUUGACCAGAGGCGCUAAAGAGGAGCACGGUGGAUUGAUUCGUUCCCCCCGCCAUGAGAAGAAGAAGAAGGUCCGUAAAUACUGGGAUGUACCACCACCUGGCUUCGAGCAUAUCACCCCCAUGCAGUACAAGGCCAUGCAAGCUGCGGGUCAGAUUCCAGCCACCGCCCUUCUCCCCACCAUGACCCCUGACGGCCUGGCUGUGACCCCGACGCCGGUGCCCGUGGUCGGGAGCCAGAUGACCAGACAGGCCCGGCGCCUCUACGUGGGCAACAUCCCCUUUGGCAUCACUGAGGAGGCCAUGAUGGAUUUCUUCAACGCCCAGAUGCGCCUUGGGGGGCUGACCCAGGCCCCUGGCAACCCCGUCUUGGCUGUGCAGAUUAACCAAGACAAGAACUUUGCCUUCUUGGAGUUCCGCUCAGUGGAUGAGACCACGCAGGCCAUGGCCUUUGAUGGCAUCAUCUUCCAGGGCCAGUCACUGAAGAUCCGCAGGCCUCACGACUACCAGCCUCUGCCUGGCAUGUCAGAGAAUCCCUCUGUCUACGUGCCUGGAGUUGUGUCCACCGUGGUUCCGGACUCUGCCCACAAGCUGUUCAUUGGGGGCUUACCCAAUUACCUGAACGAUGACCAGGUAAAAGAGCUGCUGACAUCGUUCGGGCCUCUCAAGGCUUUCAACCUGGUCAAGGACAGCGCCACGGGGCUCUCCAAGGGCUACGCCUUCUGUGAGUACGUGGACAUCAACGUUACAGACCAGGCUAUCGCGGGGCUGAAUGGGAUGCAGCUGGGGGAUAAGAAACUGCUCGUCCAGAGGGCAAGUGUGGGAGCCAAGAAUGCCACGCUGGUGAGCCCCCCGAGCACCAUCAAUCAGACCCCGGUGACCCUGCAAGUGCCGGGGCUCAUGAGCUCCCAGGUGCAGAUGGGCGGCCACCCGACUGAGGUCCUGUGCCUCAUGAACAUGGUGCUGCCUGAGGAGCUGCUGGACGAUGAGGAAUACGAGGAGAUUGUAGAGGAUGUGCGGGAUGAGUGCAGCAAGUAUGGGCUCGUCAAGUCCAUUGAGAUCCCCCGGCCUGUGGACGGUGUCGAGGUGCCUGGCUGCGGAAAGAUCUUCGUGGAGUUCACCUCUGUGUUUGACUGCCAGAAAGCCAUGCAGGGCCUGACGGGUCGCAAGUUCGCCAACAGAGUGGUUGUCACAAAAUACUGUGACCCCGACUCUUACCACCGCCGGGACUUCUGGUAGAGGUGGAGGGGGAGGGUAGGGGCAGGGCUGGCUGGGGGCUUCUCCCCCUCCCGCCCCCCCUCUUUUCCCCCUCUGAAGAAGAUGGGCAGAGGAGUGACAGCCGAAUGACAGCCGGCAGCAACUGGGAAUGGCAGCAAUUGGGGUGGGGUGGGGGUUGGGGUGGGGAGGGCAAUGGGGAAGUGCGCGCACAGGCCCACACAGACACAUGCACCCACAGACACAGAGGGAAGGGGUCGGGGUGGGGAGGGGGUGCACAGCAGGGCGGGGUAGGACCCCAAUAGCCCCUCCCCAGAACAGCCUCUCCUCUUCUCCCUUCUACCCUCCUUCUCCCUUUACCCACCGUAGAAACAUAGUGUGUUUAUAUUUUAUGGCCAAACUAUUUUGAAUUUUGUUGUCCACCCUGGUGCCCUGCCUUCUCCCUUUCCAGGACCACAGCUUCCCUCCUCCUGGCCUCUGGUUCUUCCCCCGGUGCCCUCCCCGGUUUCUUACGUAGUUGACUCUCCUCUUUAGUCUCCCUGACCUGCGCUCCAGCCCCGUGGCCCCGUCCCUUUCCUCUCUGUGGCAGUUUCAUAUUUGCUAAGACGAAUUUGCUCAUUAAACAUUUUGUUGUAUUUUA